CAUUUUCCAUGGUAACAUCGGCGCCCAAACAUUUCAUACAGUUUGCAAAAUAUUCCAUUCGUUCCACAUUGUCCGUGGUUCCUCGAGUUCUCAAAAUGUCUCUGUUUAAAGUUUGUAACUGGUGGAAAACGCAAUGUCCCGAUGUGAAUCCCAAUUACGACUCGUUCUCGAUCCAUUGCACUCGACUGUGCCUCGAGGAGGGCGAAAAAGACAGCAUUCUGGUUGGAUCACAUGCUGGGUACUUUUCGAUCUAUCAACCCUCGCACAAGAGUUCCUCCGAUUCCGCGCUGGAAGCGGACGAGGAUCCCCACUUUGACAAUACUUUUCAACAUUCGGAUGUAAUUUUGGAGAUUAAGCUGAACCUGCCGGUGAUUGGGGUGACUAGUGGGAAGUUUACCACGGCUUCCAAAACAGAUACCAAACUGCACGUAGCGAUAUUGCAUCCUGCAAAAGUCUGCAUCUAUCAGAUCCUGACGAUCGACGGCAUUGCUGAUCAUGGUGACCACACCCGGCUCCAUCUGCUGUACGAGCACGUCCUCGCCAAACCGGCGUUCUCGCUGUGCCGGGGAAACUUUGGCGGCGUCAAGGGUCGGGACUUUCUGUGCGUUCAACACCUGGACGGAACGCUGCGGUUCUACGAGCAGGACGGCAUCAGCUUCGAAGUGACACUGCCCGGAGAACGGAACAUCCCGUCGCCCAUCCAGUACGUGCCGCGGGUGGAUUGCUUCGUGACGGUGUCUCCGGCCUGGGAGCUGGAAUGCUAUCGCUACCAGGAUCUGUCCGAGACGAACGAUUCGUUGAGACGCAAGGAUCCCAUUUGGUCGAUGUGUGUUGGAGAGUACGCGUUGGAUCUGAGCGUGCAUCAGGUGUCGAAUGGAGAAUCCGUGAUAAUGGUUUUGGGCGAAAACAAUUUCUUCUGCAUUACGGACACUGGAAAGGUGAAGUUUAUCAAGAAGCUGGACUAUUCACCGAUUUGUUUUCAUUCAUUUGUAAUCGGGUGGUAUUGGGAACCAGACGUCCGCCUUAUGGUUGCCGUAGUAUCCGAAAGCGGCUCCCUUCUGCUGUACGAGGGAAACCAGAUCGUAUGGUCCGCUGAACUGCCCGAAAUACCGGUAGCUUUGGGUCGAGCAAACGUAUCCGGCCUUCCAGGAGCUCUCGUAUCGCUCAAUAGCACCGGCCUCCUAAGCGUCGAUUAUCUCGGAUCGGAACCGCAUCUGUUCAAAGUGCCUCCGCUUAACUUGGGCCAGUUUGAGAUAGAAAAGUGCCAGAAGGAAAUGUUAGAGCUGGAAAAGGAGAUCCGUUCCGGCGUUGAUUUUAGCGACAUCGCCGUCAUCAAUGCGGCAUCCGAGCGAGAUGUAGCUUUACAUGCGUUGAUUGACCCUAAACUCGAAAAAUGUACAUACAAAACGAACAAUUCCGGCAGCGAUCUAACAAUGUGUCAAAUGAUCGUGUCGGUGAAAACCCGAAUCAACCUAGAAUUGCUCCAGAUCUGCAUAGCUCCGGAUCCAGCGAUCAAGUGCGUCCCAACUACGUUCAUGUUCCGAGAUGUUGCCGCCGAAAGCAAUCAGCGCCUUGAGACGUGGAUCUAUCCAUUCCACCAAGUUACACCAGCAACUCUAAACGUUAAAAUUAGCUGCCCAUUCACCAACAAACAAGGAAUCACACGGGUCAUACAGAAAACUGUUACCCUGCCACUGAGCAUGUUCGUCAAAACCUGCCAAGCGUCCAAAGAAGCCAUUCACAAGGUCACACUCACGAUUCACGAGGCAAACGAAGGUCUGGCAAAGCUAUUUCCAGAAUUUAUAAGCGAAGGCAGUCCCCAUGCCCUAGGUUUGCAAUCGUUGGUCACAGGUAGCAAGGUGACGAUCGUUGCCGCGAAGAACACCAAUCGGUACAGGGUCCAGUCGGAGGAUUUGUACGCGAUUCCGCUGGUCGUAUCCGCUUUGGUGGGACGAAUCUACCAACGAAACCCGGACACGACGAAGCAAACGCUGCGAGUCUCCAUCUCGUCGAAUCCCCCCAUCGAUGGGGUGCUGGAGGCGAUCGAUCAACACUGCCAGCUUCGUCAGCAGUACAAGAAGAUUACUAACGAACUCGAGGUCCACACCGGCCAAAUGCGACUUUUCGAGCGACGAUUCGUUGUGAAGCUUCAGGAGCGUUCGCUUCGCGCCCUGGACGGAAUUCAAAUGUUGCUCAAAAAGAACCAUACGGAAAUAUCGAAAAUUUGCAGCGAAAUGAAGGCGAUUCAAAACAAAAUUUGCAUCUCCCAAAUGCAACUCUCCGCCCUUCUCAGCCUCAUGGAAGCAUGCUUCGUCUACUCGGACAUCCCGGCAAAGUACCUGGACACGGUCAAGAGUCUCUUCACCACCCCUGCAUUCGACAGCACCGACCAAAGCUGGGAAGAGAUGACGCUGCCCGCGGUCCGGUUCCUCUCCCAAAACGGACCCCUCAAGGUGGGCGGCACUGCAUCCACCUCGAUUUCGUCCUUUGACGAAAAGUUCAUCUUCUCCGUCGAGGACGCCUUCAAGCUGGACCCGUUCAAGAAGCAACUGGUGGCGCUGUACGCGAGGAUCGGCGAGAAACGGUCCAAAACGGGCCGCAGCAGCGCCGACUUUGAGGAGGAACUGGAAGAGUUGGACGACGGCGGCGGCGGCGGCGGAGAGAGUGAGUGGAUCGACGCGGGAACGCCCAGUGGGUUGCCCUUUUAGAAAUUAGUUUUUUGGGUGGUUUUCGGAUUGAAAGAAUAGUUUGCGGUUUACGAUUUGGUUAGGAUUGUAGUCUAUACAUUAAAUAUUUUAUUUUUGUAGAUGUGAAUACGAAUAUUUAUAAGUUUAAAAUACAUCAGAAAAGCGUUACUAGGUAUCAUAUUUUCAGAGCUUUUUUGUAUCUAUUUAGACCUAUAAAUAAGAGAAUUUUUACAUGAA